UCGGCUAUUAUUUUUACAGCGACUAUACAAUGUCAUUUUUCCAAACCCCCUUAUGCCGUAUUUGUCAUUGCCUUUUGAAAAUCGUUAUGCUAUCUUUAUCUUUACCUUUUGAGAAUAAAUAUGCCUUUAGAAAAUAGGAACUUUGAAAUUCUCUUGCCUUGUCUAAUGAGGCGCAGUUCAAUUUCGUUGCUCUAAUUUUUCUUUCAUUUUCAUCCAUUGGUGUUGACAUACAUAUAAAGGUUGUUUCUAAAACACAAUAUUUUUUUGUUGUUUCCAAAACACGUUACUCCUCCUAUUACCACUUACAACAACAACAACAAACCUAUUGUAAUCCCGGACCUUAUUCCUACUUGUGAGGGUAGAGUGUACCCAGAGCUUACUCCUACUUGUGAAGGCCUCCUAUCUAUUACCACUUGCUCCAGCGAUAUCAUAAAAAUUCUGAUAAUUUGUUGGAUGAAGUUGAGAAAGAAUCAACUUGUAUCAAGUAAAGAGUUGUUAAUAGUAGUAUAUAAGAUGGAAGGUAUACUUCACUAAAGGUACGAAAUAUACUUAAAAAAAUGCAAAAUACAUAGUGAUGCACUCCACCAAAUAUUAACUUAAUACGUAAUGAUCAAGAUGAAAACAGAGACUUUUACUAAUUCAAACCUUUAGUACCUACUGGUGUAGAAACUUGUAACAAAUUUGAUUGGUUAGGACAAGAAGAUACUUCUACUCAAUAAUAAAGGCCACCGCGUAUUUGUUCUUGCCUAGAUUAUGCAACCAAACUUACAAUAAACUUUCCUUCUUUUUGUUGUUAAUUUAUUCUCUUUACUGCUUCUGUCUAUAUAUAUAUAUAUAUAUAUCAUUCUCCAGCUUUCUUCAAAUAGCUUCAAUACAAUAUCAAUUGAAAACCAGCUUAAUCUCUUCCAGUAUCUUGUAUCUCUCUUUCUAUAGCUUUCUUCCAAUAUCUUCUAUACAGCCCUCUUUUUCAAGCUCUGAUUAAAGAGAAAACCAAGACUCCUGAAGAUGGUUGACGCAUUUGUGUCAUUUGCAGUUGAAAAACUGGGCGACUUUCUCAUACAAGAAGUUGCAUUGCGCAUAAGUCUGAGACAGGAUGUGCGGUGGCUGAGAAAUGAGCUGCUAUUCAUGCAAUCUUUCCUCAAAGAUGCAGAACAAAAGCAAAAUGAAGAUAAAAGAGUUCAACAAUGGGUAUUUGAAAUCAACUCUAUUGCUAAUGACGCUGUCGCUAUACUGGAGACUUACAUCUCCAUGGCAGAAGAAUCUGAUGACCAUGGAUUUGCUAGUCGUCUUAAGGCUUGCGCUUGCAUAUGUAGGAAGGAGACCAAAUUCUACAACAUCAGCAAGGAGAUCCAAUCCCUCAAGAAGCGAGUCAUGGAUAUCUCUCGCAAACGGGAGACAUAUGGUAUUAGAGACAUCAAUAAUGCAGGAGAAGGGACAAGUAAUCAGUCCGCCAUGGUUAGAACAUUGAGGAGAACUACCUCCUAUAUAGAUGACGAUCAUAUUUUUGUUGGCUUUCGGGAUGUUGUAGAAAGCUUGCUAGCUGAACUUCUCAAAGCAGAGCCUCGCCGAAGUGUCAUCUCCAUUUAUGGUAUGGGCGGGUUAGGCAAGACCACUCUUGCAAGAAACCUCUACAACUCUCCAACUGUAGUCUCUAGCUUCCAAACACGCACUUGGAUAUGUGUUUCUCAAGAGUACAACACCAUGGAUCUCCUUAGGAAUAUCAUAAAAUCUAUCCAAGGUCGUACAAAGGAAAGUCUGGAUUUGUUGGAAAAGAUGACAGAGGCGGAUCUAGAAAUUCACCUUCGAGGCCUAUUGCAAGAAUGCAAAUACCUUCUGGUGGUUGAUGAUGUAUGGCAGAAAGAGGCAUGGGAAAGUUUAAAAAGAGCCUUCCCAGAUAGCAAGAAUGGCAGCAAAGUUAUUAUUACCACACGCAAAGAGGAUGUUGCUAAAAGAGCAGAUGAUAAAGGUUUUGUCUAUAAACUUCGCUUCCUUAGAGAAGAAGAGAGUUGGGACCUCUUUUGCAGGAAACUACUUGAUGUUCAGGCAAUGGUCCCAGCAAUGGGAAGGUUAGCUAGAGAUAUGGUGGACAAGUGUGGAGGCUUACCUCUUGCAAUUGUUGUAUUAAGCGGGCUACUUUCGCAUAAAAGGGGGCUACAAGAAUGGCAAAAGGUGAAGGCACAACUUUGGCGGCAUAUGAAAGAUGACUCUAUUGAAAUCUCCUACAUACUAUCACUGAGCUACAAUGAUUUGUCAACUGUACUCAAGCAAUGUUUUCUUUACUUUGGUAUUUUUCCAGAAGAUCAUUUGAUCUAUGUUGACAACAUAGUCUGGUCGUGGAUGGCCGAAGGAUUCAUACCAGAAGGAGAAGAAAAAACAGAGGAUGUAGCUGAGCGCUUCCUGAAUGAGCUAAUAAGACGAAGCUUGAUUCAAGUGGUAGGUACAAGUUGGAAAACAGAUGUUAGAUGCAAGAUGCACGAUCUACUUCGGGAUCUUGCCGUGCAAAAGGCAUUGGAGGUAAAAUUAUUUGACAUUUAUGAUCCAAGAAAGCAUUCCAUAUCCUCCUUAUGUGUUAGACACAUCAUUCAUGGUCAAGCACAAAGGUACCUCUCACUUGAUCUUUCUAACUUGAAGUUAAGGUCAAUUAUGUUCCUUGAUCGAGAUUUUUUUAAGAUGGAUCUUAUAAAGUUUCAUGAUGUCUUCCAACAUAUAUAUGUGUUAUACUUGGAGAUUGGUUCUGGCGCUAUACUACCUGAUGCCAUAGGAAGUUUGUACCACCUCAAGUUCUUAAGCUUGAGAGGUAUCCGUGAUCUUCCCUCCUCCAUCGGCCGGCUCAUAAAUUUACAGACACUUCGUGUCUUGAAUGACUAUAGACACUUAUGCCAACUACCCCCGGAAACAGCUAACCUAAUAAAUCUAAGACAUAUAGUUGCGUUGUAUUCAAGACCUCUGCAACUUAGCAAACUCACAAGUCUUCAAGUUCUUAAAUACAGUUGUUGUGAUCAGUGGAGAGAUGUUGAUCCCGUUGAUUUAGUCAAUCUUCAAGAAUUAGGCAUGUAUGAUAUUGUGAAUACUUACUCCCUAAAUAACAUUGGCAGCUUGAAAAACCUUAGCUCUCUCAUGUUGCGUUGUAAAGUUGAUGAAUCAUUCCCAACCCUUGAAUAUCUUCAUUCUAGUCAAAAGCUCGACAAAUUGUGGUUAGAGGGGAGAAUAGAAAAAUUUCCUCUCUUGGGCUAUUUUCCAAAUUCCAUCACAAUGAUGGUCCUUUGGAAGUCAGAACUAAUGGAGGAUCCAAUGCCUAUUUUGGGAAUGUUGCCAAAUCUAAGGGAUCUUGAUUUAGUAGGAGCUUAUGAAGGAAAAGAAAUUACCUGCAGUAAUAACAGCUUUUAUCAACUAGAAUUUCUUCGUCUUGAUGGUCUUCAGAAGCUAGAAAGAUGGCAUUUAUCCACAAGUUCCAUGCCUCGCAUUAAAGGUUUUGGUAUCCAUGAUUGUUCAAAGCUGAAGGAGAUUCCCCAGAGAAUGAAAGACGUCGCUAUCCUGGAGAAGUUGAAGGGCAUCGAUCAAGAGUUUGGUGAACAUUACAGAGUCACUAGUUUAGGAUGAAGCUUUUCAAGCAUAUAUGAUGUCUUAUCAAUUUCGACCUCUUUCACAAUAGCAGAGGUGAAACAGGAGAAAUUAAAUGGCAGAUGCGGCAUCUUUUUGCAAGCACAGAAGCAUUUCAAGACCUUCGCAUCGAUGAGAGAUUGCCCAACCUUCAGCAUUUUAUUUUUUGUUUUCUUUUUGUGAGUAUUUGGAAUUGGUUUGAAGAGAAUUGUGUUUGGAUUGUUGUUGAUUUUGUAUUUUGAGAGUUUUAAUUUCUUUGUUCCAAAACAAGACAUGUUUAGAAAAGAAAACAGAACACCUGUUUUCAGAAAACAAACAAAAACAAUUUGCCUACAGCUUGUUGCUGUAAUAACUAAGUACUAUAAAUAAGCAUGAGAUUUAAGGUUCGAGUUUCUGAAAGGAAUUCUUCAAUUGUUAUAUUAUGCAAGAAUAUGAUUGUUGAAUGUCCUGCUUGUUUGAAUUAGUAAAGAAGUUUUAAUUCA